AUGGAGAUUGUUGCCAAGUCCAUCGCUUCGCCAGCCACAGCUCGUGUACUGUUGACAGCGUUGAAGCUGUGCUGGCGGGUCCUAGCUCCAGAGGUGUUUUUGCGCCAGCUGGCGGCACUGGCCGUGCUGAUCAUUGUGCGACACUCGCUUUGGCGAACACGCAGAUGGCUCCGGGCUCUUUCUGCCAAGACUGCGCUCCCGAACAGUCGAAAGGUCUACAAGGAAGAGUUGAAGCAAGCCAGGAGGAAGUGUGCAGACUACAAGACCUUCCAAAGCUUGGGGGAGAAGCUGGACAAAGCAGAAGGAAAGGACAAAUGGAAGCGUGAGGACAAUUCUCCACUCUUCGAUUCGCAGCACUUACGAGAGCGUACGAAGAGGUACCGAGAAAUGAUGGCAAGAGGCGACGUGGAUGCUUGCAUGUACGCUUUGCGUGGAGAGCUUCUGAGGAAGCACUUCGGAAUUUGCAAUCCAGCACUCUUCCAGGUUUGCAACACCGGCACAAAAGUCGUCAUAGAGGAAUACGUGGCAACGGUGUGUGAGGCCAUGGCUUGGGUUGGAUUUUCCUACAACUCCCCAUCAACUCGAACGGAUCUUCAGACCAAGAAGGAUGCGAUUCACGAACGCUUGGCCUUCUUCAACGAGACCAAGCAUGGCUUUGGUCGCAGUGCCCUUCUGCUCUCUGGUGGUGCAUCGGUGGGCAUGUACCAUUUCGGAGUGGUGAAGGCGCUGCACCUCAACGGACUGCUCCCACGUGUCAUGAGUGGGACUUCAGCCGGAUCCAUCGUGUGCGGAAUGCUUGGCGUGAGGACCGAUGCAGAACUCAUGGAGAUGUGGAACGAUACGUUUUCCUGGUCUCAGAACUUCAGCUUGGAUUUCUUCGGAGACCUGGACGUGAGCCGCUUCCUGAAGACAGGACAGGAACUUUAUUCCUCCGAGCACCUGGGGCGAAUCCUCAGGGACAACAUGGGUGAUCUGACUUUCUUGGAGGCCUUCGACAGGACCGGCCGCAUCAUCAACAUCACGGUGAGUGGCCUCCCUGGCAACACGAGGUAUCCAAUGCUGCUGAACUACUUGACCAGCCCACAUGUGCUGGUGCGGGCCUUGAAGCAGGGCGUGCGCAGCCAAAUCUUGGACCGCACAGGGUGUCGCUUGUGGCUUGGCCGGCUGUUGUCUUUGGCUACGGCGCGGGGAAGACACGAGGUGUUGCGCGGAGAAGCACCGAUCAGAGCGUCCUUCUUGAAUUGCGCACAGGCGGACGACUCGAAAGAGGAACCAGAAGUGCUCAUAACACUGCUGGGGAUAAGACGAGCUCAGAAUCUGCUCUAUCGGCUGGGCCAAGUCAGUCAAUCCAUCACGGAGGAUGAACUCCGGGCAGCUAUUGACGUGCUCGCAGAUCCACUGGAAGGCCUGUUGCGCGAUGCAGACGCAGAGGUCGAUGCCAGAACUCUGAGCAGAAUGGCAAUAUCCAUUGCCCGAGUGCAUCUUCGGUUACCAUCUGCACGGCUACGAAGACUGGCUGAAGACAGCAUCCAGUUGCUCACGAAAAGGAAGACCGCCAAUCCUCAGGACAUGGCAAAUGCUGCCUGGGCUCUGGGAAAGCUGCAGUCCACAAACGCUGCAACCUUGGCAACUGAGCUGUUGGGAAAGGUCUCUGCAGAGUUCGGCGCCGUUGACUUAGCCCAGAGUCUGUGGUCCUGUGCCACAUUAAAGCUCCACAGUCGGCUGGCCCAGCCCUUGCUUGCUGCUGCGGCGGGGAAGUGCAGUGAGUUGUCCAUCGCUGGCCUGUCCAGUGUGAUCUGGUCUGCAGCGACAUUGGCGAUGGCUGAUGUCUGGGCCUGCCAAAGACUCGGAGACCGGGCCCAAGAGCUCGCCGACCGAUGCCGUGCGCGAGAACUCGCCAACUUGACCUGGUCUUUCACCACACUUCGCAUGUUGACUCGACCGUUGGCCAUCAGCUUUGCGGCACCGGCCGCGGCGGGAGCUGAGAAGUUCAAGUGUCAAGAGUUGGCCAACAUCGCCUGGGCAUUUGCUUCAGCCACGGUGCUGACCCGAAGAGAAUUGGCGCAAACCUUCAGGAGACUGACGGCGAGUGCACAAAAGCAGGCAAGCAAAUUCAAGCCACAGGAGCUUUGCAACUUCAGCUGGGCAUUGGUUGCAGCAGAAGCGCCCUGUGCGGAGUGGCUUGCAGCAGCUGCUGCAAGAUUUGAGAGCUCGCCGGCGCAAUUUAAUUCCAAGGACCUGGUCCAACUCACAUGGUCCUUUGCUCGUGCCUCUUCUGGGAGCACUGCUAUUGCCGGGGUGGCCAAGCAGGCAGUGCAAGAGCUGCAACGGUCGCUGAGCCUCCAGGACCUUGCGGAUUUGAUGUGGUCUUGUGCCAAGACGCAAGUGCGAGAUAAAGCUCUGCUACAGUCCUUCACCCAAUCGCUCCUUUCGGGCGGCGCUGCGACGGCGUCAAGAUGCAAGCCUAUCGAACUGUCGAACUUGGCGUGGUCCAUCGUCAAGCUGGGGCUGCAAGAGGAGCAAGAACCCUUCUUGAGUGAGCUUUGUCGUUGUUCUGUCGCGAAGAUGGCGGACUUCAAACCCGUGGAGCUCGCCAACUUGUCAUACUCUCUGGCGAGGGCUUCCAUUCGCUGUGUCGACACUUUUGCAGCGAUUGCACAGCAAGCGGAGCAACAGCUGGACUCGUUCACUGCCUGUGACCUCAGCUACGCUGCCUGGGCAUUUGCCACAGCCAACAUUUUGCCAGCAGAUCUGUUCCAUAAGAUCGCGCAGAAGUCGACAAGCAUGUUGGGCGACUUUACCGAACAAGGCUUCUCAGAUCUGGUGUGGUCCUUUGCAAUCUCCAGCGUCUUCAGCAAGGAUUUGUUCAUGGCUGUGCAGAUGCGGCUGCAUCAGGGCUUGGAUGCACAAAUGUCUUCGCCCAGCAGGAUGACGCAGCAUGCUGACCAUCUCAGGAGACUGGUCUGGGCAAUGAAUUUCAGCGGCAUCUUGACCGAUCCAACACGGGCACAAGCGCAACAAGCUUUCCGAGGCUUCGGUGAAAAGCUUGAUGCACAGCGGAGUUCAAGCAUCUUUGCAUGUUUCGGUCGGGCGAUUCGCGGUGGUGUCAUCGCUUCCUCCGAGCCAGGAAUUGCUUGGGAAGCUUCUGGCUUAGUCGUCCUUCACAAGCCAGCCGGCUGGAAAGUGGACACAGAAGGUGAACUGGAGAAAGAGGGCGAGAAUUGUCUGUUGUCAAGCUACCAGCAGGUCUUCUUUCAACGGCGGUCUCACCCGAUCAUCAUGGACGCGCAGCAUUCCCGCGGGUUUCUUCAUCGUCUCGAUAUCCCGAGCUCGGGACUGGUCACCUGCGCAUUGACUUACAAGGCCUUCUGGGACCUGCAGCAGCAGCUUGUCACCGGAGGCUUCGCACGAGAAUAUGUGUCGUUGUGCUAUGGCUGGGCGCCGGUGGGUCUGCAACACAUCGGUGUCAACAUCUUUUGGAAUCGACGAGAGUCUUCCCUGAGCAAGGUGGGGCAAGGGAAGACCUCCGUCUCGGAUCUCAAGGUCGUGGCACACUGUGCGCGACACGGAGAGGCUUUGAGCUUGCUACUUUUUUCCAUACGGACGGGAAGACGUCACCAGAUUCGAACGCAAUCGGCUCAUUUGGGGCAUGCAGUUGUGUGCGAUGGGAAAUACACAGCUGCCGACACAUUCAAUGCCACCCUACCGUGGUGUCAAAGGAAUUUUCUGCACCGAUGCCGACUGGCUUUCCACUCUGGAGCUGAUCACGUUGAUGUUGAGGUCGCACUGCCCCGUGACCUCGAACUGAUUUUGAACGCAGUCGAUGACCGUGACCACAUGUCAGCUUCUCACCGGCAGAAGCUGCUGACAAGCGUUUGGUCAGCCGCGCAGUGCUCUGCAGCAGUGCCCGGCAUCUUCGAGUCACGCGAGCUCUUGGCCAAAGACCGCUUCGGGGAAAUCGUCCCGUACGUGUCAGGCGGCCUGAAGUGGCAAGACGGAUCGAUGCAAUCGGAUUUGCCAAUGGCUCGACUUGCUGAGCUUUUUAACGUCAACUACUUCAUCGUCUCACAGGUCAACCCGCAGGCGAUGCUUCUCACCGGAGGCGGCGUUGGCUCCCAAAAGGGGCCCAUUUUCCGCGUUGCGCAGUUCUUGCGGCGAGAGAUCAAGCAGUAUCUGCAGAGCAUGCUGGAACUGUUUCGAGGUGCAAGCGGUCGCCAUCCUUGGCUAAGACCUGUUGGCAACACUUUGAUCGCUCUCGUGGUUCAGGAGUACGAGGGUGAUGUCACGAUCUACAACGGCCGCGGUCUCUUGGAGUUUCCGAAGCUGUUGAAGAAUCCCACGGACGAGGUCCUGCGCACCUACACCAAGGCUUCUGAAUGGGAGACUUGGUGGCACAUACCCGAGAUUCAGAACGCCUGUGCGAUCGAGUUCGUGAUGGAUGAGAUCGUCAAGGAGCUCCUGGCGGACCUCAGGGCGUCCGAAGAGGAGAUGAGCCCUUACCUCAGUUCCGCACUGUCCGUCUGUCUCUGCCACGACGCAGCCCGCCGGGCCGCGUUGGCAAUUGGAGAUGCUGGAUUUCUUCAGAACCUGCGCAUACUGUCAAGAUGGAGAAAGCAAGGGGACAAGGGAGAACACGAGCGGUUUGGUCAGAACUCCAUCGCUGUGCUCACGAAUGCUGCCCCAGACGGGGCUCAAGAGGAAGGCGGCCUGCCGAAGACACCAGACAAGACUCCGUCCUGCUGGAAAAUGUUCUGCGACUUCACCGUAGGGGGAGGCUUGCUCUCCGUUGGAAGCCUGGUUCCUGCAGUGCUGGCCGUGAACUUGGCCAAGAAUCAUUGGGAUGACGAGUGUGAUACUAUGGUAUCCUUACGCUCCUGGCUCAUGGCUGAUGGGAUCAUCGUGAUGGUCAUGAGUGUGCCUGGGCUUUAUUCUUUAGUCUGCUGCGGGCAGGCGCAGGGCCUGAACAAGUGUCUGUGGCUGCCGGCUUUGGCGCUUGUGGUCUGGGGUGUGGUGACCUACUACAACCCUGAUGUGCCGACAACAUCAACAACUACCACUACAACAAGCACAACAACAACCACGACCACUGGAACAGGCAUCACUCCUAUCGUGCUCCUACCAUGCGAAGAAUUAAGGAUAAAAGUCGCAGUCAUUCUGUUGACCCAAUGCGUGAUGCCCAUCGCACUUUGCAACUAUGUGGUUGGUGUCCUUGGUGGUGCCGGGCUGGUUUCUGGCUUGCUCGCGAUUCCAGCUGCCGUUGCCCUGUGCUCCGCUCUGGCUGAGUGGGAUGCCGAGUGCCGGCAACCGCUCGUGACGUGGCUCUUCAUUCACGGCUUGAUCCUUUCGUUGGUGCCAGGCUUCUUCAUGCUAUGCCUCGGCAUGGAUUCAGAGGUUGUGGCGUAUGCACGCCUAAGACAAAAAGCCCGCUCAGAACAGUCAGAGUACCCGGUGGACGUUGCUAAAGAGGAGACCCUCGGGGCAUGUGCUCACCAUGUGAACACGUGCCUGGUGCUGCCGACGCUUGUUCUUUUGAUUGUGGGCGCUUACAUGUUCGCCCACACUACUGAUAGCAAUUGCAAUCCAGAUGUCCGGUGGUGGGCACGGCUGACGCUCGUUCUGACUGCCCUAGCACCAGUGCUGGGCAGCUGCUGCGUCGAGUGCUGCGAUACCAGAAGCAGCGGCAUUCCUGGUGCUUGUUGGGACCCUCCCCCACCUCGGGCUGAUGACUUGACACUGUCUGAGGCGCAGCUGGAGAGCAGGUCCUAA